AGGUUGACGCCCCGUCGUGCAGUGCGACGAUAAUGCUGCUAUUGUCACCGCAACGCGGAGAUGGUGCGUUUAGGUUAGGUUUACAUCAUCAAAUACAUCAACGGACUGACACAUGCCACGUCUUUGAUACGACGUGUAGCGAGGUUGAAGAACGGCAGGGCGAUCAUAACCAUGUCGUAUCUGCGUGACUGGCGACAGGCGUUGCGCGCCCCGCACGUCUAUCGGGUGGCGAACAGCACAUUUCGCAUCCAGGGCCCGUUCGUGGCGUUGAUUCUUCUGGUUCUGAGCGUGCCGACUUUCUUCCUCCUGUAUCCGCUGCUGCACGGCUUCAUAUGCUCGCCGCCGAGCCAGACCCUGGCACAAUGUCGUUACUACAAGUACAACCGAACGUACCCUACCUCGACACCCAUCAAAACCUCCAAGGGCAUUACCUACAGAAUAGCGAUAGUGAGCGAUCUCGAUCACGACUCCAAGCUUGUGGACAAGAAAGACACAUGGCAUAGUCUUAUGAGGACCGGCAAUCUCUAUUGGAAUCCCAACAGCAAUUUUCUAUCUGUUAUAUGGGAUGACAAAAUUGUCGUACUGUCCUCAUCGUUGUCUAUGAAAGGACGCGGAAUGGAGCUGUCGGAAUUAGUGACUUUUGACGGCCGUCUGCUGUCCUUCGAUGAUCGUACAGGGAUGAUAUAUUUCAUCGAAGGUGAUCAAGCUUAUCCUUGGGUUAUUUUGAUGGAUGGGAAUGGUAAAAAUCACAAAGGCUUUAAAUCCGAGUGGGCGACUAUCAAAGAUGAACAAUUAUAUAUUGGCAGCAUGGGAAAGGAAUGGACCACACCGUCUGGUGAAUUUGAACAUAAUAAUCCGUUAUGGGUUAAAGUAGUGUCACCACGUGGCGAAACGCAUUCCCUCAAUUGGAUUUCUUACUACAAACGAUUAAGGCAAGCGAUUAACAUCGACUAUCCAGGUUACAUGAUACAUGAAUCUGGAACUUGGAGUGAUAUACAUAAGAGCUGGUUCUUCUUGCCUAGAAGAUGUUCCUAUGAACGUUAUAAUGAAACACGGGAUGAAACAAUGAGCUGCAAUAUCAUGUUGACUGCAGACGAAAACUUUGUUGAUAUUAAAGUUACUUAUAUCGGAGAUCUAAUCCCAAUCAGAGGUUUUUCGAGUUUCAAGUUUCUUCCUGGCUCGCAAGAUUCCAUUAUAAUAGCUUUAAAGACUGAGGAAUAUCAAGGACGGACCGCUACAUAUAUCAUGGCCUUUACGAUAGAAGGAACGAUAAUAAUGCCCGAAAGUAAAAUAAUGGAUAAAAAAUUUGAAGGACUGGAAUUUAUAUGACCCUUAGGGGUAGUUGUUAAUUAUUUAAUAAAAAUUGUAAAUAAAUGUACAGAAUACAUAGUCUUAAGUUUCUACAACGAGAUAAAAUUACUAAAAAGUUAAAA